GGUCCCGGGAGCAGAUGGAGGAGUCCUAAUGAGCUGGCUGCUACACAGAGAGACCGGGGUUACCGUCUGGGCUGGACCGUCAGAGAAGCAGCGAUAUCAGCCUCCUCAGCCUCGCCGCUCACCGCUCGGUGGCCGAGGCUCCGCGCGUGUCCGCUCCCGUUCCCCUCAUCUCCUUCUCCUUCCUCCUCUGCCUCCUGACUGUUUUUCCCCCCCCCCAUCUAUUCUGACUGCAUGUUCAGCCACACCGCCUCCCUCUGCGUCUUCACUUCGGCCGAGCUCCGCCGAACAUGGACAGCCGGGUUCUCGAGCAUCCUCACGCCCAGUUCGGCGGCUCCUUGGGCGGCCUGGUGGGUUUCCCCUACUCGCUCGGUUCCCACCAUCACCACCACCACCACCAGCACGUUUACGAGCUCGCGAGCGGACACCAGCUGCAGUCCGCGGCCGCCGUACCCUUCUCUAUAGACGGAUUAUUAAACGGCUCGUGCUCGGCCUCUGUGGUCUCCUCCAGCCCUUUACUCUCAUCCGACAGCCAGCAGUUCAAACUAUCAGAUUCCGGAGACCCGGAUAAGGACAGUCCCGGCUGCAAAAGGAGGAGAACCAGGACGAAUUUCACCGGCUGGCAGCUGGAGGAGCUGGAGAAGGCUUUCAACGAGAGUCACUAUCCGGACGUGUUCAUGCGGGAGGCGCUCGCGCUCAGGCUCGACCUCGUGGAGUCCAGAGUUCAGGUGUGGUUUCAAAACAGACGAGCUAAAUGGAGGAAGAAGGAGAACACGAAGAAGGGCCCCGGGCGGCCCGCUCACAACUCCCACCCGACCACCUGCAGCGGCGAGCCCAUGGACCCCGAGGAGAUCGCGCGGCGGGAGCGCGAGCGGGCCGAGAAGAAGAAACGCAAACAUGAGAGGAAGCUGCUCAAGUCACAGAACAAGCUCCUGGCGGGCGACAGCUUCCACACGCCGGGCGGCUCCGAAAGCGACAGCGGGGUGUCGCAGUUCACCGACAGCGAGCAGCAGCCGCCGCCGCCCUCCAUCCACGUGGAGCUGCCGGCGUCGAGGGGCGAAUCCAGCUGCGACCAAACGCGACACGACUUCGGUCCGCCGCAAAACCAGCCAAACCAAAGAACCGUGGGGGAACCGGAGCAGGUCUCUCCGGGCAGCACGCACAGCCCUGGCCCUGGGGGUCAGAGGUCGCCCGGCAUGCAGAAGCGGAACCCAUUCAGCGUGGAGAGCCUCCUCUCCGACACCAUGCCACGGCGAAAAUCCCAACUGGACUUUUCCCCGCUUCCCAAUCAAAGAACGCUGGUGGGCAAGGGGCACUUCCUGCUUUACCCCAUCACCCAUCAGCCUUUGGGGUUCUUAGUGCCCCAAGCCGCCCUGAAGGCAGCUCCGUGUCAGGAGAACUCCGACAGACUCGCCCAGGGACAGAGGCGCUCGCCGAGCGAAGGGAGCCCGGCUCCCUCCGACCUCUCCGCCUUUGGCAGCACCACUGAUCGUUUGAACUCGGCCCGUACGGAGCACACACUCCACAAUCACCUCGGUGUUACAGCAGAGGCGGGCGACGCCAGGGUCCGCGUCGGCAGCUGCAAAAACGCGGCCUUCCCCGUUCCUCCACCGUCCGACGGCGUGGAUCAGGCGGUUCUGGUCGGCGAGGACGGGGGGCCGACGUCUCGAACGGAGGUCGAGCAGAGUUCAAAGGAAAGGAGUGCAAGAGAGGAGCCGGGGUCUCCAGGCCUCGCCGAGGCGAACACAGACUGUGGAGAAACACCAGGAACAGAUGGAGAGGAUGUCGAUAUGGACUAACACUUUCUAGGAGCAAACACAAACAAAGGACCAGGGAAAGAAAAAAAACAAAAACGCUCCAACCAGUU